AGCGGGCGCGGCGGCAGCGGCGGCGGCGGCGGCCUGUGGCCGGCGGUGUAGACGCCCCUUCCCGGGACCUGGACCGGCCCGCCGGGAGGCGCGCUGUGGGAUGUGGACUCGCCUUGGACGAUGUGUACCGUCGAUGGCCCUUCGUGCAGUGUGUUGCUGCCUCCCAGGGUUCUGCAUGUAGACGCCUAUGCCAGGGCCUGAGGUUGAGGUCGGAUGGGACUCGGUGCCCGAGAAGAGAAGGAAGAACCCAUGGGACACACCAUGCUUUUGACUCACUCAGCAGCUCGAUGGCUUCAGGCAGGAAGUAAGAACGGUGCCCGAGAGGCAGCAGGUGCUGACCGAGACUGCAGUUCAGCAGGGAAGCAGAAAACGCAGAGUUGAGUUUAGACCCCCAUUGACCAACCCCAUGACCACGGUUUGACCAGUUUCUCCACAGCUGAGAAGAAGCAGUGUUGCCUGGAGAAUCAGACAGUUGGAAACAGUCCUGUUUGGGGGUCAUGACCUCCCGUGGUGGUUUAUGAAAUAGUUACAUAUGUUCCCAGGAUGCAGCUGCUUCUCUGCCAGCCGCCAGGUGCACUAAAGGACGCGCCCAAGGAUUUUGUCAUGUGACGCCUUCCUGGAUUUCAGUGGCCUCUUUUUAGAAAUGCAGAUAAAGAAGAUGAAGGAUAUCGGCCAGCAGUUGUACUCUCCCCAAGUGAGUGACGGACGUACCUCCUUGACCAUGUCGCCCAAACAGCCGAAUGCUAAUCGAGCAACUCGACCAGAUGGACAGGACGCUCCGACUGUUUUGUACCAAGGCUCGGAGGCAGAGGCUGCGGCCGUGACUGUUGCCACCUGCGCCAAGUGCAGGAGUGUGCACGAGAUCCCGCUUCAGGAGCUGAAGAAGGGUGCUGGGCAGAGCCAGAAGGAGGACAAAUACAUUUGUUUCAAGUGCAGCCUCGGCGCAGCCCCGCCCCAGUUCCAUUUCUUGAACAGUAAUCGCGGUGCUGCUCACGUAGGAGAUAGAACGGAAAGCGUCUCAAGUUCUGUCGGUAACAAAUUCAAGGUUAGGAACUUUAAGCCAGGCAAGUACUAUUGUGAUAAAUGCCGCUUUUCCACGAAGGACCCUCUGCAGUACAAAAAGCACACGCUUCAGCACGAAGAGAUUAAAUUCAUUUGUUCCCACUGCAGCUACAUUUCGUACACGAAAGGGGAGUUCCAGAGGCACUUGGUGAAACACACGGGCAUUUUCCCGUAUCAGUGUGAGUAUUGCGACUACGGUGCUAUUAGGAACGAUUACAUUGUCAAGCACAGGAAGAGAGUCCACGAGAAGGCGGGUGGGAAGCGGCUGCCCAAAACCGUCACCAAGCUGGAGCCAAAAAGGGUCGGCGCGGCAAAGCCACACCCCGAGCUGUUCAAAGCUCCCGGUCCGAGGACUGCGUUCCAGAACAAGCUGUCAGAUCAGCUCUCAAGGUUCUCCCUCCACGCACACAAAGACAGAACCCACAACAUCAUGUUGCUGCCUGAGUCGAAGGAGCCCCAAAAAGACGUCGUGUGCGUCCCGAACAGAGCGACCCCGUCGGGGCCGAGUGACGUGGGCCUGCUGGAGAACAAGAGCGUGGAGGUGGAGGUGCUGUCCCCCGCCAAGGAGCCUGUCCAGCCCGGGAUGCCCCUGACGGUGGUGGCGCCCGCGGAGCUGGUGGUCCCCGCCAACUGUCUGGCCCAGCUGAUAGACGUGAAGGUGGUCAACGGCACGCAGCAGCUUGUCCUGAAGCUCUUCCCUCUGGAGGAAAACAGUCGCCUUGACGCCGGUGGGGGUGACGGCGGGCCUUGUCAACGUGCCGCUAGAGAGAGAGGCUCGAAGGAGCACGACGAGAUGGUUUCUGGAGGAGACCAGACCAAGUCACUGACGGUCGCGGGGGAUGUUGGAAGACUCGCAGGCAUCGAUGAGCUGCACGCGUCAGUUCAGAAACAGCUUAAAAAUGUGAAAUGGGUGCGGUCUUACGAUUUCUUCAUGUCGAACUCCAGCACGCACGGUGCCGGGGAGUUGCUUCUGAACCCCGGCGGCGUCGAGGAGUUGCAGAAAAGGAGGUACAUGUAUCCACAUAGAACCGCUCUCCCGUCCGCGGCCUUCAGAGGCCAUUCUCCGUCAUCCCUCGUCAGAAGCAGCCUCCUGAGUGGUCUCGGAGCUGCCGCGAGCGCCUUCCCCUACAAAGCCGCCGUGUCGUUCCCCGACGCCGGGAGGAGGGUGCGCGGUGACUCCCGGCACCUGUUCCCUCUGGCCGCGGCAUCCGCGGCCAUCUCCUUCUCUGGAGAAAAGGACUUGCCCCCCGCAAGAAAGAACGACUUGGAGGCUCGAGGCGCGAUCAGUAUUCCUGUAAAAAUGGUUCCUCCGAACAGGAAGCCGAGGGAGAACCAGGCCCAGGACCCCAGGGCCGUUUCCGACGUGGGCCCGGUUUCCCCUCAGCCCAAAGGUGAGUAUUUACACAUAAACAUAACGGGGGAAGAGCGGCUCCGACCUCCGCAGCCGGGGGAGAAGCCCUUGGAACUAAAGAACCCCGAAAGGACUCAGGACCCCUUCGACGGCCCGGUCAUCUCAUCGGUGUUUUCCCUGAGCUCUGGAUCCGAAAACGUCCCCGAGGGUGUGAAGUGGAACAGCUCGACGUCCAAAAUAAAGUCCAUUGAGCUCCUGCGCCGAAAGAUCGCGCAGCUGAUUGAGUCCUGCGGGAAGCCCUCGCCGCCCGCUGCCAGCGGCGCUCACCGUCGUUCCGUAGGGAAGGCAGCCAAGGGCGCCGCCGCAGCUGCCGCGGACGGGAUUCGGGAAAUCAGCGUGUCAUUCGCCGGCCCCGGCUUCCCCACGGGGGCCGUCCCCAGACCUCAGGGCGAGGGCGGUGCCGGCGGCGACGGACAGCCGGCCCCGCGGCAGGUGUACCCGCAGGUGGUGGAAGGCGGCAGUGGCAGAGCUGAAGGCAGGGGGGCCAGGAAGCCCCAGGGGGCUCCUCCCGUGCUCCUCCCCAAAGGGGCCGUGUUGAGGUUUCUCAAUUCCUCCGAGGACUCCCGCGUCAUCGAGGCCACGUGCGAGGCGCCCGUCAGCCUCUCGGGCAGCGAGACGCACGUGGCCAGACCCGUUCCCUUCCGCCCCGGGAAGCAGACGGACGCAGAGUCACGGGCGCUGCCAGGGGAGAGCGGGCUGGCGGACACGUGCCCCGGCCUGGACCUCGCUCCCCGGCCUAAACCAAGGCGAGAGAGCGCCGACGGUGGCAGCGCGCCUAGAAGACCCGGACCUCCGCACGGACCCCAGGGGAGCGGCGAAGUGAGUAAGCAGGGGAGACUGUUUUCCAGAAGCCUUCCUGUGAGUAAAAGUAAGCCCAGGCACGUAAACUCAUCCAAGAAGAAAAGCAAAAUGCAGGCCGAUCCCAGCCGCUACUUCAGGGAUCCUUCCAUCUUUCAGGUCGCCAGGCAGCUGCGGCUGAUCGCAGCCAAACCGGACCAGCUGAUUAAAUGCCCCCGCCGGAACCAGCCGGUCAUCGUGCUAAACCAUCCUGAUGUUGACUCCCCGGAAGUGUCCAACGUGAUGAAGGUCAUCAACAAGUACAAGGGCAACGUCCUCAAGGUGGUCCUGUCGGAGAGGACCAGGUGUCAGUUAGGCAUCAGGCGCCAUCACGUGCGGCUGACCUACCAGAACGCGGAGGAGGCCAAUCAAGUGAAGAGGCAGAUGAUGCUGAAGAUGAAACUCAAAAAGGUUCAUAAAAACAACUACCAGGUGGUGGAUUCCUUGCCGGAUGACUCGUCGCAGUGCAUAUUUAAGUGCUGGUUUUGUGGGCGGCUCUACGAAGACCAGGAGGAGUGGAUGAGUCACGGCCAGCGGCAUCUGAUAGAGGCCACCAGAGGUUGGGACGCCCUUUCCUCCAAGGGCAAAUAAGUGGAAACCUCGGUCUUCGAAGCAAACUGGUUUUCUUACUUUUAGGGUAUUCUGGUUUGGGUUGUUUGGUUUUGUUUCCUGACUCUGUAGGAGCAACACAACCUGGGAGAUCGGGGGACGCUUCCGCCUGCAGGUCCCUCCUGGGAAGGUCGACAGCCCAGCGGCUGAACCUGAGCCUGGAGACCAGGCCCCUGAAGGAGUCUGAGCCCCUGAGGACGACGCACAAGUUCACGGACAUGCCUUUCUCUGGGGGGAGUGGAACUCUGAGCAGAUUUUCGGUGGGGAGCUGAGACUUUUCUUUGACCAGCGCCCUUUUUCUGAGUAAAUAAACAUCUUUUCUAAUCCAUCCAGAGGAGCAGGUUUAGAGCAGUUUACACAUGCUCCUUAUAUAACCAAAUGCUCCUGGAGAAUUAAACCCAUGUCCUGGUGAGCACAUCCACUUCUUUUUGGCAAUAACUCAUCUUUUGAAUAUUUGGUACAUAAUGGAAAUAUUUUCUACUUUGUUGGUUAUCUUAAAUUUCAUUAUAAAAAAGGGGCCGUUUUUUACAAAUCCUUCACCCACCCUUCGGUGUUCCUCCAUGCUCUCUGUAGCACGGGGGGUUGUGCUUUCGUUGACCCUUUUAAAGAAGGAGUCCCAAGGUCGGUCUGAAUGUACUACAACAGCAGGUGUUAGGGGAAGAAAGGAACAUUUUCAAGCUUUUGCUUUCUUUUUAAGUAUCUUGAUUUAUGACAGUUGGGGAGGGAAGCUGCCUAAAAAAGAAAGGGAAAAGGGAAAGAAAAAAAUGGUCACAGAGGGAAAAUAUCUAAAAUUGUCUCCAUGUGCCCCCACCGCUCACGCAAAAGCCAAGGAAGUAGCCAGUUUUAAGAUGAACUGGACAGGCUUCUGACUACAUGGUCAAGUCCAGGGAGGCAGUUCAGGCUAGGAUUGCGAAGCAGCUGUGGCUCUAGCGCACCUGCCAGCUUCCACGUGGGACUCUACCCAGACGCGGCAGAGGCCGCUCACCCCGCUUCCGUCCCAGCGCAUCACAGACUCGGCCCCAGGUCGAGUCCUGCUCCCUCCUGUGGAAUGACAGCGUCCCCUCUCACCCAUCCCUUUUCUUUGCUUGAGGCCCCUUAAAGUGUUCCCUUGUGCGAAUCCUAAAAAGAGGCAGGAAUGAGCAAAGUGUAGCCCUCCCACCCUCUUUGUUCAGGCUAGAGGAAGGCAGUCCCUGGUUUUCAGCCACUAGUUGAUCUCAGCCUCUGCCUGCCUCAGCUUCCCUGCCUGCCGCACACCCCGCCUGGGGAGCCACUCCUCUGUGUGCAGUAGAGAAAGCGGGCGCUCUGCCCCGCGGCGACAUCUCGGGCAGGUGGCUGGCUGGACCUUACCCCUCACCUGCCCACCCAGCAGGGGCAGCCCCACCUCUCGUGUUUUCCUCCUUGUCAGGCCUGCUUCCUCAGAACUGAGUGCCCUGAAAGAAGCCGGGGGUUGUUGCAGCUGAAAAAGGCACGCGUGAGCUUCUCUGCUGUGUUGGGGAGUCAGAUGGAGAAUUCCUGGUUUUUCGUUGUUGUUUUUUUUUCCACUUGAGAAAGUCAGAUUAUCCUGGUUCUUCAGCUUGUAAUUCUGUGUGGUUGGUUCUCAUUACAGAUCAUCACUACGGCUUGUGUGUAGUUCAGCCCAUCACCGUUAACAUUUCGUUAGUCCUUACGGAAAUGUAAAACUUGGGGGUUUUUUAUAUGUGUAUGUGUGUGUACACAUAUAAAUAUUUUUUACCCUAUGAAAACUACAGUAGCUAAUUUUCUGAUUUCCUAUUUUAUAAUGAACUUGUAAUUGUGGGGUGGAAAAAUAUAAAACAUUUUUAUACUCUAGAAAUAAUUUAUUUUGGAAGUACGUUUUUAUAAUGGUCUGAUCUCAUUUUUAGAAAAUGAAAGCACAGUAAGCGAGGGGUCUGAUUUACGGGAAGAAGUGGGAGCAGGAGCCGCUGCGGGUUGUCGCAGUACCGUGCUUAGUCCCCGUGCAGUUCUGGUUGGCGCUGCGGGGAAAUGGGCCGUGUGCCCGGCCUCACGACGGAAAGGAGGGCAUUCUCGAGGUCUGUCCCUAGACCUCUUGCCCCCCCCCGCCCCAGCAUGAAAGAAGGCUCUUAAGCCGAUGAGAGGAGGAGGAAGGGCUGAGGUGUACGCUUUCUCCUCCUCCUUCUCUACCUCACUGCGCAGCAGCAGCUUUCCCGUCGGGCCGGGAAAGGUGACCGAGAGUCAGGUCGGCGUUGAGUGUCCAGUGACGUAUUUACACUUUGCAGCAGCAGCAACUCUUUUUGAAGUAUUACCCAAAACUCGGCUCAUGUCCUUGUGCAGAGCUACAUGUCGUGAACAGGCUGUGGACCUGAGCUUUUGGAGAUCUUCAGACCCACAGCACCUUGUAAGAAAUUGAGGGCGCCUGGAAAUCGUAACACGAGAAGGCAAAAAUGGCCAUCCGUCUUCCCUGUAUCUGUAAAGACCUUCAGAAAGGAGCGUGUCAUGUAGGUUACUGUCAGGAAACGAACACAUCAUUCCUAACCAGACGGGAGGAGGCGGGGGCAGACCCGACCUGAGUAUCUGUACGCCUUCUACCCACAUUCAGAGUACUUACUAUUCACAUCCGUUUCAACUUACUCUCUAAAGUAGAUUUUCUUCCUCUGGGGGCUCCGAAAUGAGACGAUCUUGUUAUACUUACGGUAUGGCGGCGUGAACAAUCUUUUUUACGGUAGACUCGGAUUCUGUUUCACUCAGAUUUGUAUCCCCAGGCCACAGCAUUUUGGGAGCCCCUCUUACAGGCCCAGUGCUCUUUGGUGAACUAAUAAUCCAAACACAACGUUUUCACCCUCCGAAGUUCCAUCCCUCUUUCUUUAGGACACACUGUACAAGCCAUCCCAGAAAAUGAAGAUGUGAUGCUGCUCAGCCUUGGGAAUAAUUUCUGAAUCUGUAAAUGUCAGUAUGAGCGGAAAACACUGCAUAAUGUUAGAAGCAUUAUUCUAAGUCCUGCGUGAACAGUUUGUGUGUCUGCUGCUCUGAUUCUGAAACACGUAUGUAUAUAGAUAGAGACGUUGGCGUAAAUUUUGUUAAAUAAAGCAACUAUAAAAUUU